UUUUUUUCCAGAUUAUCAUGAUAAAGUUUUUCCUGAUGGUCAACAAACAAGGACAGACUCGUCUGUCAAAGUUCUAUGAGCCCGUGGACAUUGGGAAGCGGGCCGCUCUCGAGGCUGAUGUCGUCAAAAGCUGCCUCGCGCGCAGGAAAGAGGAGUGUUCUUUUGUGGAGUAUAAGGACUAUAAAUUGGUGUAUCGCCAGUAUGCUGCCCUGUUCAUUGUUGUCGGCAUCACAGAUAAUGAGAACGAGCUCUCCAUUUAUGAACUGGUGCAUAACUUCAUUGAGGUCUUGGAUAAAUACUUCAGUCAUGUUAGUGAACUAGAUAUUAUGUUCAAUUUGGAUAAAGUGCAUAUCAUUCUCGAUGAAAUGAUCUUGAAUGGACACAUUGUGGAGACCAAUAAGAACCGUAUACUGGCACCACUACUGGCUCUAGAUAAACUGGCUGAAAGCUGACCGAGUUACAAAUCUGUCCGGAAGAUUAAAUCCACCUUCAUGCUUUCAGUUCAGUCUUUGCUUUUGGGACUUGUGUGUUAAGUUAAACAUCUGAUAUUGCUGUAUAUUUCGGAUGGCCUUAUUCACUUUUUGGAUCAUGGAAAAAGCCAAAAGAAAAUGAUGGAGGUCCAGGCAACACUGUUCAUACUUUGCAAACAUUUUAAUGAUUAUUUUUGGAGCAUACACAUUUGAAAAUAUCUGUUUACUUCAAACUGCAACUUGAGUUAAAUAAAUGUU